AUGUACGUUUGUCGCUCUCUGUUGUCAUAACUUAGUGAGGGUUCUAGAAAAAACUACAAUUUUCCAUCCGGAGAAAUAAAAAAACUUUGUAAAUCAUUUGUGAAUAAAAAAAAGCUGACAAAAAUGGUCGAUUAUAGCAAAUGGAAAGACAUUGAAGUUUCUGAUGAUGAAGAUGAUACACAUCCAAACAUUGAUACUCCGAGUUUGUUUCGAUGGCGACAUGAGUCACGAAUGAUACGAACUGAAGAAAUGCAAAAAGAGAAGGAAAGAUUUAAAAGUAAAAAAAUCGAACAUCAGAAUAAGUUAAAGGAUAUCAAAGAAAAGGUAGCUGCUGGCACAGGAGAUAUAAGUGCUUUAAAAAAACAACUUGAAGAGUUAGAAAAACAAGAUGUCAUCCUGAAGAAGGAAGAAGAGGAAUUAAUUAAAAAGGAAAAGAAAAUGCCAUGGAACGUUGAUACAAUAAGUCAACCUGGAUUUGCCAAAACUAUUAUCAAUAAGCCAAAACCCAGGCCAAAGUAUGAUGAAAUGUCAGAAGAAGAAAAGGAAAGACAUUUAAAAGAAUUUAUACUGGAAAAUAAACAGCUGGUUAAGGAAUUUGGCAUGUUACGAAAAUAUGAUGACUCAAAACGAUUCUUGAUGGAUCAUCAUCAAUUAGUUUGUGAAGAAACAGCUAAUUAUCUUGUUAUUUGGUGCAUUGAACUAGAGAUGGAAGAAAAGCACGAUCUAAUGGAACACGUAGCUCAUCAAACUAUUUGUAUGCAGUAUAUUCUUGAACUUUCACGGCAACUGGAUGUUGAUCCACGUUCCUGUGUCGGUUCAUUCUUCACAAAAAUACAAGUAUGUGAACCAGAUUAUAAGGCACAAUUCCAUAUGGAAAUCGAUGGAUUUAAAAACAGAAUUCGCAAGCGAGCACAGGAAAAAAUUGCUGCUGCUCUUGCUGAGCAAGAAGAAGAAGAAAGAAAAGCUCGAAUCGGACCAGGUGGCUUAGAUCCCGUAGAAGUUUUUGAGACUUUACCAAAGGAGCUUCAGGAAUGCUUUGAAAGUCGUAAUGUACAAAAAUUGCAAGAUGUAAUUUCUAAUAUGGAUAAAACUGAAGCAGCGUAUCAUAUGAAACGGUGUGUUGACUCCGGUUUAUGGGUCGCAGAUGCCUCAAAAGCUGCAUCCGAUACUAUUGAAAAUGAACAUCAUGAUAUAAAAGAAGAACAUAAAUAAACUUAUUAUUUCAAUAAAAUUACACUCAGA